AUGGAGAGCAAGAACGAAACCGACACGGCCUCGGACGUCUCCGUCCUCCCCAGUCCGGCUAAGUACAACGAUAUCUCUGGACUCAAUCCGCUUUACGACGACAUCAUGACUCUCUGGAACCGGAAGGCACUACUGGCCGCGACCAGAACGGUCGUCUCGGAUGCCUCGUCGAGUGGUUCAUCGUUGCCAUGCAUGGGUACCGGCCACGAUUUGUUUCGACUUCGGCACGAAUCAUCGUCGUCCCCCUUGCUCCGACAGUUCCCGUCUAGCUCCAGUCUAUAUGCCUCGGAGACGCCGGACGUGGUCUUCCACCCAGGGAAGCAGUACACGCCGUCUUAUCAGACUCCCGCCAGGAUCGGGUCCAGCCAGAUGGCGGCGGCCGUCGAAUACGUGGGCCAUCCCAAAUCAGCGGAGACAGGUCAAACAGACUGGCUGGAUCUCUCGGUGAUCGAAGCUCCCCUGAGACAGACCCCAGCCUCGCACAAGAAGCUCUUCGGCGAGAAAGGCUGGCUUGGAUGCACCGCCGACCUGAAGGACCUUCCACGUAGCAGCCGGCGAUUCAAGGGUCUGAGGGGGUUUGGCAAGAAGGUCAUCAAGCAAGUCGAGGUACUGGCGGACGAGAUGGCCAAAGCCUAUCCGAAUCCCCUCAAUCACACGCCCCUCCGCUCCCGGGCUGUCCCCGAAUCACACAUUCCCAUCUCCCUGGACGCCCCGACGCAGGCCAAGCUGUACUCGGAGAUGGAGGUCAUGAUCUGCGGCAGUGCCAACAGAUUCCUGCUGCAGCAGCACACCGAAGGACGGCUGUCGGAGGAGUCGAUCCGCAAGGUCACUCAGCUCUGGGGCGCGAAGAACCGGCCGCAGGUGAUCGAGUUCCAGUUCGACCAGGCCACGCAGCGGCAGUUGAUCCUGGCCAACAUUCGCACGCUGCGCUUCCACGGCGAAUGGGCUGUCAAUCCUGUGCUCUUGAAGUCGACCCUGAAUAACUGGAACGCCGUCAGCAAGGAGAUGGGCGUCCGCACGUUCUGCGCCCCGGAUAGCGCCAUCCGCAAGCACAUGCACGAUAUCCACAAGCUGCUCGACAUGCUGGGCGCGCCGCUCAUCACCUAUCUCACGUUCCAGGAGCUGCAGAUGGAGACGCUGUCUAUCAUGAAAUCGCAUCUGGAGCAGCUUCGCCACCACGCGCCCGCUGGGGAUGACGAGCCGCGCUUGUUUCGACCAACGGGAAAGUACGAGCAAUCGCACUGGAUGGCCUACUGA